GGUUUGCACGGGAACAGGACCCUUUGCCUUACAUGGUGUCCCAGCCGUUGCCUUGGCAGGUUCACUCCGUGUCACACAGUCGAAGGAGCAGCAAAGCAGAUGAGUUUGAUGGCCUCAGAAGGAACAGCAUAGGCGUGUACAGGAAGAACUAUGUCUCGAAGGCUAUUGCCUCAGCCUCUCUGGCUAUCCCCUGUGUCCUGUCGUGCUCAGACUCCAAUGCCAGCAAUGGGACGUGCACCGUGCCAGCUGUUCCUCCACUCAGCCCUGUUGAAGUUGAGAAGGCCGCCGCCACAAUCCAGACCCAUUUCAGGAAGUUCCAACAGAAAAAACACAAGAACGGCAAGUAGAUGGACA